AAUACUUUGCCCUUUCUGAAUUACGUUAUAUUAUAGUUAUCGUCCAAAUUAUUCAUGUGAAUGUGAAUUUCACGAUCUGAACAAUAAACCCUUUCCUUCACUGCAGAGUGAGAUAAUCAAAUCAGAGAUUCAUUCAUUCGAUUCAAUCCAAUGGAGAAAGGAAAAGGUGCGAUUGGAUCAACCGGACGAAGAUGGGCCGUUGAUUUCUCCGACAAUUCAACUUCUCGCGAUAUUCUCGAUCCUCCCGGUUUCUCACGCGCUUCCCUCGAUCAAGACGAUUCAACUCUUAGUCGCCAAAAGAAGGAUGCUGAAUCCAAUUGGAAAUCUCAGAAAGCUUGGGAAGUUGCACAAGCUCCAUUUAAGAAUUUGUUAAUGAUGGGGUUUAUGAUGUGGAUGGCUGGUAAUACUGUUCACUUGUUUAGCAUUGGUAUUACUUUCUCAGCUCUUUGGCAACCCAUCAGUGCCUUGCAAAGUGUUGGAAAAAUGUUUGAACCUUACAAGGACGCUAAAGUGGAGCUUCUUGGGCCUAAGUUGUUAUUCAUUGCCCUUAAUUUGGGAGGCAUGGCACUAGGUGUUUGGAAGCUCAAUUCAUUGGGACUGCUUCCAACUCACACAUCAGAUUGGGUGUCAUCCUUAGCACCUGCUCAGGAGGUGGAGUACUCAGGCGGGGGUCUAAAUUUUAGUUGAUGCUCUAGUUUUUUCAUUUUUGGUGGCUUCACUUGGUGAAAAUUAAGAAUUUGGGAUGGUUAGCAAUGUUGUAAUGGUCUCAAAGGACCUCACGAGACAUGACUUGUUUCUUAUUUUAUGAUAAAUGUUACCAAUUCGUGUAGUCACCAAUAUUAGACAGGGUUUGUAGUAAGACUAAAAGUGCUAUAAUUAAGAACAACAUUUCUAUUUGUAUUUA